UUCUUUUUAAAAUAUGUUUUGUUUAUGAUAGACUGAAAUUUUUGUGAGAACUUUGUGUUACAGCUUUGCUUUGCAUUAAUACAUCAGCCAUGAGGCUUUUCUUCUCACUGUUACAGUAAUAUCCUCCAGUUUCAUCAAAGCUUUUGUGGUUCAGAGCACACACAAACAGUCAAACUAGAAGAGGAGAGUUCUGACAGAGGUUUUUGUCUUCAGCUCAGCAGGAAAUUUCAGACAAAUCCCUCUUAGAUGCAGGUGGUCGGGCACAAGCAAAGAGUUAAGUCCUGCGGUUCCUUUGCCCCUCCUCUUUGAUGUUCUGACAUCAUCAGUCCAGCCCCCUGAAAGAUCUUCUUGCUUUCUGCAGAGCCCGUCACUUUUACACUGGAAUGUUUAUAGCAACUUCGGGAGCAGCAUCAGGACCAAGAGUUUAUCAGGAAGGACAAGAAGUCAUGCUCUGAAGAAACUUUUGGUUCAGGGAUCACAGUGGAUGCCACAGGUGUAGCCGCUGGGCUCAACAAAGUAAUGGCUGUUCAAACUGCAAUCAUGAACCCUCAGUUCAUGAGUUUCUGUUUCCCUGGUUCUGUGAUGGAGUAUGAUGUGGAAAAAAGUAUGGAUGGGAGUCUCCUGGGCGAGGCAGAAAAUGAUGAGGACUUCAAAGAGACCACUAGGGACCUGCUGAGCUUCAUAGACUCAGCCUCCAGCAAUAUCAAGUUGGCUCUGGACAAGCCUGUGAAAUCCAAAAGGAAAGUCAACCACCGGAAGUAUCUACAGAAGCAGAUCAAAAGGUGCUCUGGUAUUAUAACACCAGGAAACAUGGCAGAAGCCCCGGUAAAAAGACAAGGUUCCCCUUUGACUCAGCCAAGCGCUUUGCAGAGCAAAACUCUACCUAAGCGUGAUGGGGUCCAGGCCAACUUACAGAGCAAGAGCCUGGCAGCUCUUUUCAACCCUGUGAAGGAUAUAAGAGGGGAGAAAGCAAAGAAGCCACCCCUGAGGCAUCGCAAUCUGCCUCCAUCUUUUUUUACUGAGCCUGCUAACUGUUCUAAAGUCAGCUCCACAUCCGGGAUGACACUAAAGGACUUUGAACGAGGCAAUCCUGAGGCUGCAGAGUUCUUUGAGAUCCUGGGACCUGAUUACAGCAACAUGAUAAGCGACCAGGACCUUUAUCAAGGCAUGCCUCUGCGGGUACAACCGGAAUUGGGAGUUCUGGAUCCUGCUUCGUACGAUGCUCACCACUUAGUUGGUGGUCUCUUCUAUUCUGAGCCCUGGACUAGCUGUUCAGGAACCUCUAAAAAGCAAGGAGAGAUUCUGAGUACAGGCCCAGCCCAGCCUCCCAUCUACUGUGAGUCUGAGGAUGCUUCUGGGCCCAUGGAUGACAAUGCACUGUGCACUUUGACUUUCCCUAACUUCUUCACAGAAUGCUCUGUACCUCAGGUUACCUAUGAUUUAAAUGGUGGUUAUAACAGAGUGAGUUAUUCCUCUCUAUGAUGAUCUGACAUUUAGAAAAACUGAUAAAUAGCUAAUAGAUAAUUGGGCCCAGGUCUAACAGUACGGUAGUGUGAGACAGUUUGACUUUGUACAUCCAUUGUGCAGGUGAUAUUGCAACUGAGAAAUUUGUAAUAGCAUCCUUGCUCAACAAAAAGUACAUGCAAUCUUACCCCAAGUCUAGCUUCUUAAAAAAGGAACAAAGUCAAAAGCUUCUUGAAGUAAUCAGAUAAAGUUUUGUUAUAUUUCCCAGUUUUAAUUUCCAGCCAUUUCUAUUUAAUGUUGAAUUACUUAACUUGUGGAAUUUUAUCAUAUCAGCUGUUCACAGUUUGACAGUUUGAGUAAAAAUACAUCUAAUUUAGGGUGCAUUUAAGAUUUUUCCAUGAAGGUUACUCUUAUGGGAAUUUGCCCAUCAAUUAUUAGUUUACAAUAUUUUACAUCUUACAAAAGGGAAAAUCAAAAGCUGCAGGAAGUUAUUGGAUUAGUCUGCUAAUAAUCUGUUUAUCCUAGAGAAUGAUAGUGUAGCGCAACAGAUGCACUUUUCCAAUCCUUACAUUAACAGUUCUGUGCAACAACAAAAAAGGAAAAACUAAUUUUUUUUUGCUACUAUUACAACUAUGUAUGAUGCCAUGUUUGCCUUACAGAAUUUUAUUGCUCUGAAUUUAUUUUCAGCUGGCAGAUCCACCACUUGUAUACGACAAAAUAAAGCUGGUCUUUAUUACUGUG